AGAGUUAAAUCUGUAAUCAAGAAAAACUCUGUUUACACAUGAAAAUGGAGACCAAGGAGCUAAGUGGUGCUUUAGUCCUAUGUGACAUGCUCCUAACAGUUUUAUCAAUACUUCUAAAUCUUUCCGUCAUCAUUUGCUUGAGAGACAACAAGGUUUUGUUCUCCCACCUUCCAACGUUUACAAUUCUAACUACGAGUUUAAACAAUCUGGUUCAGUCUGUUCUAGUUCGAAGCAUAGAAGUUGUAUAUAUUGGGAUGGGGGUAGCUAAAAAUACUACCAGUUUAAAACUUGAGUUCUGCACUAGUCUGGUGGUUGGGGGUCGGACCUGCAUAUCUGUAUCCGCCUGGAGCAUCUGCUUUCUUGUAUGGUUAACUUUAAGUGAACGACCAGUUUCUGUAAAAGAAGAAGAUACGAGCGGAAGUGGAUCUGGAGGUUCAAUCUCAAUUAUAUUCUCUCCAAACACAACCCCUAUCCCCCCUACUCCUACUCCUACCCUGUUUGCCCCCACCCCUGCCACGCACACCCUUCCACCUGCCACGCCUAUUCUUCAUACCCUGUGUCAACGGACCCCCGUCCCUACAGUUAAUACACCCUCUUUAGACGCAGAGAUUGAAAGUUCUGAUUCCUGCGACAGUAUGAAAACAAGACAUAAGGUGAUUCUGACCUGUAUUUGGUCUUUAUCUUUUCUUUCGGGUCUCUCUUCAGAACAAGUUCUAGACGAUAAAAGGGAAGAAUUUGAUCUUCCUAAAGAUUUGACAGUUGCUGCUAGAACAGAAUCAUGUGAUCUCUCAAGAAACCUUGAAUCAAAGGUUGAGUGGUUUUCUAUAAUCCUGGCGCUUCCCUUGCCUCUUUUUCUUUCUUUCACAGGGAUAUGUUUGCUGGUAUACAGGAGCUCCCUUUUUAAAGAAGAUGAGGGGGAGAGGGAAGAAGAUGAACAUAGAGACCAGGCUAUAGAGGGGAGUAAAUACAAAACAAAGGAAGAGUGUGAGGAGCUGGAGGGGAGUAAAUACAAAAUAAGGGAAGAGGAGGAGGGCAGUAAAUACAAAAUAAGGGAAGAGGGAGAUGGGAGUAAAUACAGAAUAAGGGAAGAGGGGGAGGGCAGUAAAUACAAAAUAAGGGAAGAGAGGGAGGGGAGUAAAUUCAAAAUUAGGGAAGAGGGAAAGAAGUGGAUGGAUAGAAAAAACAUCAAAGGAGAGAAUCUACGGCAGAAAAUGGCUUGGAUGUUCACAAGUGGUGAGGAGGUAGAGGAGAACCCUGUUAGCAAGAACUGUUCAAUAUUUAGAAAACAAAAAAGUUUGAACAAGAUGUCCCUGCAAGGUAGCCCAAGGCGGAAUAAAAUAGUCCCAGCAGCGUCUCACCGGAAGAAAACUGAAAGCCUUUACAGUCCAGUUGGGUUCCAUUCAUCACAACUAACAAUCAACACUCCAUCUAUUUACAGUCCGGUUGGGUUCCAUUCCUCUCAACUCACAAUUAACACUCCAUCUCAAUACAACAAAAACCAACUCAGCAUUCCACGCAACAGAAUUACUGCUCAAAAUUCCAUGAACAGUAGCAAUCCUGAAGCUGAAAGCUCCAAAGAAGAUUCUUCAAAGAUGGAGAUAUAUUCUGUUAUCUGGUUAUCAACCUGGAUUUAUCUUGUUAAUAUAUUUACUACCGGACCCAGCCUGAUCAGUGAACUGAUGAUUUCAUCGCCAGAAGAAAAUGUUGCGGCAUUUCUCAUUCUAAAGUUUGGUUUGGCGUCUCUGAAGACAAUACUGGAACCCUGUGCAAUAUUCCUGCUCAGAUAUGAUUUAAGGAAAACAAUGAUGCGCCUCAUUAAACCUCAUUCUUAAACAAAUACAAUCUAGUGUUAAUAAAAAAUUGGUUCAUGUUAUAAUGAACUCAAUAAUGAUACGGUGAUGACCGAUAAAAAAUGAAAAAUUGUCAUCUUCGCUUGUUACUAUUUUAAAAUGAAAAUGUGUAUUGGCUUGGGUAUAAUUUAACUACGAGUAUUUAUAACACUAUUAUUUUGGUUUUUGGACAGAAGGUUUCUCUUAAACGGAAAGGUUUAAGGCUUAAGAUUAUCUUAUGUUCCAAGCUUCAACAAGUAACUAUGACAAUGACUAAUAAUAUAAACCUAGGAAACACCGAGCACUCCAGCUAGUUUCUAAUAAAUCAAAAAAUAACAACUGUGUAGAUAUUUACUAUCAUAAAUUUAACCAGUGAUAUAGUUAGUUUUAAGGAAAAUGUAAUUAUAUAAAGUUUAAAAUAAAUAAAAUGUGUUA